GCCAGUUUCACAUGUCUGCUGAUGUGCCGGGUUGGGGUGUUUUUCGAUUUCGUAACCAGCAUUGUUUAGCGUUUGUAUAAUAAUUUUGUUGUGACUGUUUUUAACGGUGACACGCGGUGCUUUUGAGGCCAACCAACCCCAUUCAAGCCGAGGAGAAACACAUUAAACGGAACAAGCUAGCGUUACAUCAGCGUUACCAGGCUAACUGAGGCUAACGUUAGCUAACUACACAGCUCUGCUAGUAGGUUAUUCGCGUUAGUGUCAGAAUGGGAGAGGAAAUCAAUGAUAACUUAACAAACACUAGCAGUGGACCUGCUAGUGCCACGGGCGUUGAGGACACAUGCGAACUCACUGAAGAUGGCGUUAAAUAUUACACAUUAGAGGAUAUAAGAGUACAUAAUAUGAGCAAUGACACAUGGCUCAUCAUCCACGACAAAGUCUAUGACAUCACAACUUUCCUUGAAGAGCAUCCAGGAGGAGAGGAGGUUUUGUUGGAGCAGGCGGGUGCAGAUGCCACAGAGAGCUUUGAGGAUGUGGGUCAUUCUACAGAUGCAAGGGAGAUGCUUGAACAGUACUACAUUGGGGAGCUUCACAUGAAUGACAGACAGAAGAAGAAGGAAAAGGAGGCGCAUGACACAAAUUCAGGAGAGUCCAGCACCUCCUGGGCCACAUGGUUGAUACCAGCUAUUAUUGCAACUGUUGCUGGCAUUAUGUAUCGCUACUACACACUGGAACACAAGUCCUCCUGAGUGCUGGCAUCCAGCUUUCCUCUCAUUCUUUUCAUCUGGAGGCCUUGAAAUGUUUGACCAAAAUCUCCUGACACUGAAGGCACACAGUUAGGAGUGAGUGCGUCCUCUGUAAUGAGAAAAGGAGGAGAGCAGUUUGAUAAAGUGCUUUUGUUCUUGUCCGUCUACAUAAAGUGCACCAAAUAGACAGCCAGUCAUAGACUUUAUUAAAUUGUCUGCCUUCAUUUUCUUUGAGUAUCAUUGUCACUAUGCUUGUUGUCAUGUUGUUUCUUUAACUUAAACUUUCAUAUGCAUUUGACCCAGUUUUGUCUCUGUUUGUUCUUUGCCCUUAUGCUUCCCAAGAUAGUUUUUAUUAAUAUCCCAGUAUGCAAACAUGAGUAUCAGACAGAUUGCAACUAUGGAAAUAUCCAAGGAGAUGUCUUUAUGCAAAGUGGUUGUGGAAUCAAGGAUCAAGUCUGCAGUGAUGAGUAUUUUUAUGCUGAUUUAGAUAUAGUUUGAUAAAUCCAGAAAUGUUACUGCUGCCCAACUCUGAAUAGGAAGGACUUUAUUCCCUGCACUCCAUACCACAGUUCCUGUGUUAAGCAAUGCCUGAUAGCAUUUAUCUCUCAGUUGUUUGUGCUUUUUUCCAGUCAUGUAAUUGCAGUGUCAUGUCUAUUAAGUCUAUUUCUUUUUGAAAAUGGUGGUUGUAUCACUGAUUAUUUAAGUAUUUCCCAUUUUCUAGUUAUGUCAUCAGUAAAGUAUCAAAAUGCUUACAAACCCAAUCCACAGAUGAAUAUAAAUUUACUGUUAUAAUAUGUAAUAAUAUUUUACUAUCCAGAUAUAACAGAUGAAACUGAAUAACUAUGGGAGUACCUUGAAAGAAGUUAAUUAUUAUUAUUAUUAUUUUUUUUGUAAUUACAUUGUUCUAGACUAUGCCAUUUGUUAUUUAUCAGAUGAUUUUUCAAAAUUUUGUUUAAUUGUAAUGCAUCUUAAGCUUAUGUUUUGGGUGGAUGGUACUGCCAACUUUCAGUGGAGUGUUUGAAUUAGAUAUUGAAUGAGGUCAUCCUGGUUUUAUCAGAGCCUUACUUUGUCAACAUAUUUAAACAGAAUUGUAAUAACUUUUUAAACAAAUUUUGAGACGUUUCAUAUUUUCCAAAAAAAUCUAUCAAAGGACAAAGUUUGAGAAUUCAUCAUUAGUUUAUCACCUGUAAGUUCACAAAAGUUUUACAUUUUUGAAUAUAACUUGCUGCUAUUUUUACAUGUAACCACAUUAUUUCCUUCCAGAUGUCAUCACUGAAUUGGUUGACCUGAGAUAAAUAUUUAUCAACUCUGCAUUUCAUCUGGGAUUUUCUGUCAUUUAAAGUCUGAAUAAAAUAUAUCUUUCAAAAAUUCA